AGAGAGAGAGAGAGAGAGACCCUGAAGUUUAAUCAUUGAACCAACCACACUGAAUGGAUUUAGCUUGCCGCUCUGGGGGGGAACUCUCAGAUCUCUCCUGGAAAUGGCACAGCUGAUGAAGCUUUUCUCAGUUUAUGACUACAAUCUGGAGUGAAUAGAUCGCCACAUUUCUGUCAACACUGAGCAGGCAACCCCAGAGAAGAUGUUUGCGGUACACUUGGUGGCGUUUUAUUUUACUAAGCUAAAAGAGGAUCAGGUCAAAAAGGUUGAUCGAUACCUCUACCAUAUGCGUCUUUCGGAUGAGAUCCUCCGUGAUGUGAAGGCUCGUUUCCAGGCAGAGAUGGUGAAAGGCCUGGGAAGAGACACCAACCCAACAGCUACAAUAAAAAUGCUGCCAACGUUUGUGCGAUCAAUUCCUGAUGGCUCAGAAAAGGGUGACUUCCUCGCUUUAGACCUUGGGGGCUCCAAAUUUAGAGUCCUAAAGGUGAAAGUGUCUGAAGAUGGGAAGCAACAAGUUCAAAUGGAGAGUCAAUUCUAUCCAACACCUAAAGAAAUCAUACAUGGAAAUGGGACAGAUCUCUUUCAGUAUGUAGGAGACUGUCUGGCAGACUUCAUGGAGACCAAGAACAUCAAGCACAAGAAACUGCCUCUUGGCUUUACCUUUUCUUUUCCCUGUAAGCAACGUAAAUUAGCAGAGGGUGUGCUAAUUUCUUGGACAAAACAUUUUAAAGUUCGAGGAGUACAGCAAACAGAUGUGGUGAGAUCCCUCCGUAAAGCCCUAGAGAAACACCAGGACAUUGACGUCGAUGUCUUGGCUUUGGUAAAUGACACAGUCGGAACAAUGAUGACGUGUGGCUAUGAUGAUCAGCGAUGUGAAGUUGGUGUCAUUAUUGGAACAGGUACGAAUGCUUGCUAUAUGGAAGAAAUGAGCAAUAUUGACCUUGUGGAAGGUGAUGAAGGAAAGAUGUGCAUUAACACAGAAUGGGGAGCAUUUGGAGAUGAUGGCUCACUGGAUGACAUAAGGACAGAAUUCGACAAGGAAAUAGACUUGGGGUCUAUCAAUCCUGGGAAACAGAUGUUUGAGAAGAUGAUCAGUGGAUUGUAUUUAGGAGAACUUGUAAGACUUAUUCUUCUAAAAAUGGCAAGGGAAGGCUUGCUUUUCAAUGGGAAGUUAUCAACAGCUCUCUGUACCAAGGGCAAGAUUGAAACAAAACAUGUAGCUGCCAUGGAAAAAUAUAAAGAAGGCCUGAGCAAUACUAAAGAGAUCCUAAUGGAACUGGGUCUGACUCCCUCCGAAGAUGAUUGCAUUGCCGUUCAGCACGUCUGCACUAUUGUUUCAUUUCGAUCAGCGAAUCUCUGCGCUGCAGCCUUGGCAGCAAUCCUGACCCGCCUUCGGGAAAACAAAAAAUUGACCAGGCUCCGAACCACAGUUGGAAUGGAUGGAACACUGUAUAAAACACACCCUCAGUAUGCCAAGCGUCUCCACAAAGUGGUCAGACGGCUGGUCCCCACCUGUGACGUUCGGUUUCUGCUCUCUGAGAGUGGCAGCGGGAAGGGAGCUGCGAUGGUAACUGCCGUCGCGUGCAGACUGUUAUCUCAGCGCAAACAAAUCGAUGAAGUUUUGGCACAUUUCAGAUUAACCAAAGAGAACCUCAUAGAUGUCAAAAACAAAAUGAGGGCUGAACUGGAAUAUGGGCUGAAGAAAGAAACCCAGCCAACAGCCUCGGUGAAAAUGUUGCCAACAUUUGUUUGCGGAAUGCCAGAUGGGACAGAAAAGGGGAAGUUCCUAGCCCUUGAUCUUGGGGGAACAAAUUUCAGAGUUUUACUUGUAAAACUCAGAAGUGGAAGGAGCAAAUCAGUCCGAAUGUACAACAAAAUCUUUGCCAUCCCUUUGGAAAUUAUGCAAGGAACAGGAGAAGAGCUAUUUGAUCACAUUGUCCAGUGUAUUGCAGACUUUCUGGAGUAUAUGGGGAUUAAGGGUGCCCAGCUUCCCCUUGGCUUUACAUUUUCUUUCCCAUGUAAACAAGCAAGCAUUGAUAAGGGAACACUUGUUGGAUGGACAAAAGGUUUCAAGGCAACAGACUGUGAAGGUGAAGAUGUUGUUGAUAUGCUACGAGAAGCUAUUAAACGGAGGAAUGAAUUUGAUUUAGACAUUGUAGCAGUUGUGAAUGACACUGUUGGGACAAUGAUGACCUGUGGUUAUGAGGACCCGAAUUGUGAAAUUGGACUUAUUGCAGGGACAGGCAGUAAUGUGUGCUACAUGGAAGAUAUGAAAAAUAUAGAGAUUGUGGAAGGAGAUGAAGGCAAGAUGUGCAUCAAUACAGAAUGGGGAGGAUUUGGUGACAAUGGCUGUAUAGAUGAUCUCAGGACAACAUAUGAUAUAGAAGUGGAUGAGGGGUCACUGAAUCCUGGGAAACAGAGGUAUGAAAAGAUGACAAGUGGAAUGUACUUGGGUGAAAUAGUGAGACAAAUCCUAAUUGACUUGACCAAGAAAGGACUUCUCUUCAAAGGUCAGAUUUCAGAAACCUUGAGAAAAAGAGGAAUAUUUGAGACAAAAUUCUUGUCUCAGAUUGAAAGUGACCGACUUGCUCUGCUUCAAGUAAGGAGAAUCCUGCAGGAGCUUGGGCUGGAUAGCACCUGUGAUGACAGCAUCAUUGUAAAGAAGGUCUGUGGCUUCGUUUCCAAGAGAGCUGCCCAACUUUGCGGAGCUGGACUCGCUGCUGUAGUAGAGAAGAUACAGGAGAACAGAAACUUGGAGCACUUGAAAAUCACCGUGGGUGUGGACGGGACCUUGUACAAGCUACAUCCACAUUUUUCUAGGAUCUUGCAAGAAACUGUGAAAGAGCUGGCACCUCAGUGUGACGUGACAUUCAUGCUGUCUGAAGAUGGGAGCGGAAAGGGAGCUGCCUUAAUUACUGCUGUUGCAAAACGGAUGCAUAUGGCUACCGAAAAUUAAACCAAUCAGUGGCAUACAAGCACGUGUACAUGGUAACAGUUUAGUAAAAAAGGGUCUUGUUAAAAAGCUUGAAGUAGUUGUUUGGAAACACAACUCACAUAUGUAGUCUAAUGGUUGUCCAGAUGUGGAAAUAGAAAGCAAUUUGUUUUGUAGGUUUUGGCAUAUCUGAAGACUGGUUGCUCUAAAUUGCCUUACAUUCAGUGAUAUACUUGAUAUUUCUGCACUGUGCCUCAUGCUGUUUAUAAAUAAUAUAAAACAGUCAGGUCACUUAGCAUAACUGUUGUUUCCAGAAAUAAAAUUAUUUUGAACGUAUUUAUAUACUGUAAUUUGCUAUCCGCUUUCUACUUCCCAUUUAAAGGUUUUAUAUUCAUUUUUAAAAGUUGUUUGCAAUGUAUGAGUCAUAACCUGGAAGCAGGUAUGAUGUGGCUAUAGACUGGAAGUAGAUGUCAUGUUUUGUAUACAUCCUUAGGUAGGUGUCCCAAGAUGCCACUUUUGUUCUACUUCUAUUAUUUUUUAAAGCAAAAAAAGGUUGG